UGUCAAGUUAGCUCUCUCCGGUCCGUGCCUCCAAGAUGACAAAGAAAAGAAGGAACAAUGGUCGUGCCAAAAAGGGCCGCGGCCACGUGCAGCCUAUUCGCUGCACUAACUGUGCCCGAUGCGUGCCCAAGGACAAGGCCAUUAAGAAAUUCAUCAUUCGAAACAUAGUGGAGGCCGCAGCAGUCAGGGACAUUUCUGAAGCGAGCAUCUUCGAUGCCUAUGUGCUUCCCAAGCUGUAUGUGAAGCUACAUUACUGUAUGAGUUGUGCAAUUCACAGCAAAGUAGUCAGGAAUCGAUCUCGUGAAGCCCGCAAGGACCGAACACCCCCACCCCGAUUUAGACCUGCGGGUGCUGCCCCACGUCCCCCACCAAAGCCCAUGUAAGGAGCUGAGUUCUUAAAGACUGAAGACAGGCUAUUCUCUGGAGAAAAAUAAAAUGGAAAUUGUA